AUGUUGAAAGAAGUGUUGGUCGGGAGAUUGUCUAAUAGUAGGGAAGGAUGGGGUAGAGAUCUGCAAAAACACCGGCUUGACGUGGAGGUCAAGGUUGCUAUGAGGCUGCAGGAUAAGGGCAUGGAGGUUGGGCCCAUCCACUCUGGUGCACCAUUUUUCCAACACCUGCACCCCCACCACUACCACGUCUGCCUCUGCCACUGUGGAUGUUGUUGCCUCUACCUCAAUUGGUUUGCUUGCCGUGAUUGGUAUUAUGUCGACCCUGAGAAUUAUUGGUAUUACUGUGAUAUUGUUGCAGAUGUGAAUUAG